AUGGCUACUCCAUCGGUUUUCUCUUACCUUUUGUUCCUCCUGCUUGGCUGGCAGCUGGUCUUCAGUGCAGCCUUGUCGGACAACGUCACCAAUGCGGCUUUCCCCUCUGACUUCAACAACCUCCUCGUGGCCCAGGAAUACACCUGCACCAAGUCGCAGAGAUGCGAGCGUGGAUGCUGCGGACCUAUCGACGACACUGGUACCGGCAACUGUGGCUUCGGCCCUGACUUCUGUGGCGACAAAUGCAACUCUGACUGCGACCGCAAGGCCGAAUGUGAUCCUGGUUGGGGGACGCAAUGGUCCCAGAUGUCUACUUGCCCGCUGAAUGUCUGUUGCAGCAAGUUUGGAUUUUGCGGAACUUCUCAUGACUUUUGCGGAGAUAAGGUCGUCGUCUCGCCUCAGUGCAACGGUAACAGUGCCUCCAACCGAACUAUCGGAUACUAUGAAGCGUGGAAUCUGGAACGCCCAUGCGGAAAGAUGGGCCCGAAAGAUAUUCCUCUAGGAUAUUACACCCACAUCAACUUUGCCUUCGCCUACAUUGAUCCUCAGACAUUCCGCAUCGCGCCCAUGGAUAACACGACAGCGCCACUGUACAGGCCCGUGACGGCGCUCAAAGGUCGACAGUCUGGUUUGAAGGUAUGGAUUGCUGUUGGAGGCUGGGCGAUGAAUGAUCCCGGUCCGAGCAAAACCACGUUCUCCGACCUGGCUGCUUCCGAAGCCUCUCAGGACACGUUCUUCGACUCGUUGCUCAGCUUUAUGCAGAGUAACAACUUUGAUGGAGUCGACUUGGAUUGGGAGUAUCCAGUGGCUGAUGAUCGCGGUGGCCGCCCUGAGGAUUUCGCCAACUACGUGACCCUGCUGAAGCGACUGCGCGAGCGGUUGAACCAGAGUGGCAAUCAUUAUGGCGUGUCUAUCACUCUGCCGGCAUCCUACUGGUAUCUGCGCGGGUUCGACAUUGUCAACCUCGAGCCGCAUGUCGACUUCUUCAACAUAAUGACCUAUGAUAUCCAUGGCGUGUGGGACUCCACCAACAAGGAAAUCGGAUCGUUCGCACACGCUCACACCAACCUGACGGAGAUCAACGCGGGACUCGAGCUUCUGUGGCGCAAUAACAUCAACCCGGAACGCGUCAAUCUUGGGCUGGGAUUCUACGCCCGCAGCUUCACGAUGAAAGACCCGAGCUGUAUGAAGCCAGGCUGUCCGUUCACGGGUGGGGCGCGUGCGGGCGAGUGCAGCGGCACGGAGGGGGUGUUGGCCGAGUACGAGAUCAACAAGAUCAUCCAGAAGGGCGGGGCUGAAGUGACGCUGUACAAGGACGAAGCGGUCAAGGUCGUGACCUGGGACAAGGACCAGUGGGCCAGCUGGGACGACCAGGAGACGAUGAAGCUGAAGAUCCAGUACGCGAACCAGCGAUGCCUGGGGGGAACGAUGGUGUGGGCGAUUGACCUAGACGAUGGGACUUUGGUCGGGGAGUUGGGAAAAGCACAGGGAAAGAAUCGGUCUCACACCUUGCCGGAGAACCCUCAGCUGUUUCCAGACUUGGGGACGGUGGACGUCGAUGACUUGCUGGGAUGGAAGAAGGCGACGGACAACAGAACAGGGGGAGGAGAGUGAGGAGAGUGAGG